UGUGCGCUGCUCCUUUAAGAGGCGUGUCCGUGGGCGGGCGCCAGGAUCUGGGUGGUUGGGCAGUACAGUGAGUCAGGCGGAUGAUUACACUACUCGCUGUUUGGCACUCCGCUCCUGCAGAGGCACUGUCACUUCCCAGGCUGCUCACGGCUUUCUCCGUUCACUGGAUACUCAGUCCGCUGGUGUUUAUUCGGGGAUGUUCUCGCUUCCGCUGCUCCUCUGUUCCCUGCCGCCGCCGCUGCUCCCGUGAUCCUGCCGAUGCCGGACAUGAGAGAACAAAGGGACGCUGGCAUUCUGUACAAAGCCCUCAGCUGGGACUGACCCAACCUCACACAAAGGGGAGCCUCAGAAGAUCCCUGGUUCCAGAUUCUGCAAGCUGUGGCUCACCAGUAGUGAUCCCACACCCAACCCUAACCUGAUGUGCGGGCCGGGCCGGAUACCCCAGGUUGGGCAGGUUCGGGCCGACCAUGCUGCUCCUCUUGCGGGUAGCGAGGCGUCCGUGAGCCAUGAGCUGCGCAUAAACGAGGCACAAAGACGAGCAGAAUGGAGCUGUACUGGUACAUAAUAGUGAUAAUAUUUAUCAUCAUAAAAAUCUUCUUCUACGUCUGCUGGUACCGAUCCCGACAGCGGCAGCUGGACGCGUAUCUCAGCAAUCCUCGAAACGCGCAGAUCGUCAUUGUCGGAGGAAGGGCCUACCUACACCAGCUCUGUGAGCAGCGGCAAAAUGCGUCUGUCUGGUCUAACUGGUAUGGGGUACAAGAUGACAGUUCAGUUGGGGAGCCCGCUGCCUCGUUACCCCCAGCCCCCUCAUACACUCAGCUGGAGGUGCCCCCGCCCUAUGAAGAUCUUUCUACAGCUGAUGAUCUGAAGCCCCCGCCCUACAGCGAGCUCGCCCCGGCCGUCAGUGAUCCGGACUCCCAUACACUGAAUAUCACGGACAACUAUGAUUCGUGUAGCUUGAGUGAAGCUCCGCCUCCUUACACUCCCGCGGUGGCGGAGGAGGUCCCGCCCUACAGUCAGACUGUGGCGCACACAUCACCCACAGACUCCCGCAAUUCCAGCUCCUAAUUCUCCCACCUGAGAACUAAAGGAAGAAUUAGAGAAGCCCAGUCCAUAUCGGUAUCGGCCCUCCCGCGUGACAUUUCUUCUUUUGUUCCUUCCUGCUGUGCAUCCCGCCUCUACUGCUGCCACCGCAGCCAACACUAAAUCACCAAACUGUCAGCUGAACUAGUGCACUGAAGCCAAACCUCUUUUUUUUUUCUUAUCAUGAAAAUGGAUUAGGAAGUGAAAGACGUGAGCUGCACUGUGGCCUUUAAUUGCACAGAGACAUUGCUGCUCUCUCUCCGUCGUGGCGGUGCAGCCGUAUGCAGCGGAGUGGCAUUGCAGCCGUAUGCAGCGGAGUCGCAUUGCAGCCGUAUGCAGCGGAGUCACAUUGCAGCCAGUCGGAAAUUGCACUUCCCCAGCGAGAUUGUUACUCAUUCCCAACAUCUGUGACUAAUUCAUUGAUCAUUUCUUUGGAUAUGAUAUUUUCAACCAAUCACAAUGCAGGAAAUAACUUCACUUUGCCUCACCCAGGGCCUUCACGCCUACAGCAGCCUUUAUAUAGACGACAUACGGACCAACGCAAUGGCCUAUGGCACAGCCUGUGCAUCACAAAGCCAGCGACCCAUUCAGGGAUAACUGUCCAACCUUGUUCUCUUUUAUGUUGAAACAGUAGAAACUGGAGCUAUGUUUGCACUGGAGCACAACUGGAGCACAACUGGAGCUAAUGCUAAAGGGAGGAAUUCAGCCACUGACUGGCCAUUGCCACUGCUUCGAUGUUCCCCCUGUGUUUGAGAAUCUUCUCUCACAUCCAGUAAUAAUCACUUUCUCCAGUAAUAAUCACUUUCUCGAGGGUUAAACAGGUCACUAGGAUUUAGUUAAGAGCAGUAGUGAGUAUCUUCCAGCCUCUCCCCUCUGAUCAUUUAUAUUAUCUCUUCCUUUCACUCAUGGGGUAAUGUCUGUGUAUUCAACUGUAUCUGUAAUAGGGGUUUCCUACUGCACUUGUUGUACCCUCUGGGGCACUUGCAUUUAAUUGCACAGCUCUCAAUGGCAGGAGGGGGCAAAGGGUCUCUACAUUAUACAGCUCAGUGUCGGGGGUAAGUGCAGGUCUUGGCUUGUAUUGGUGCAACUGUUCUAUUGGCCCUAGAAAAGUUAAUCACUACC